GCAUCUCACUUGGUGCGACCUACAUAGCUCUCGCUAGCUGUCCUAAUAUCUAAUUUAAUUCUUGCGAAGUCUCUUGCGAAGAUGCAAGGCAUCUAAUCUCUUCAAAACGCUCAAUCUCUCCUCAGAAUGUUUUCAAGAUCGUGGACCUUCUUGUUUUCUGCAGGUCUCGGACUCACUGUCUCGAUUCCUCGCAACGAAGGACCAACUGCAAAGACGCAUGAUGCUACUUACGUAGGCUUCACAGACACCACCUACAACGUGGAUAUCUGGGCCGGCAUUCCAUAUGCAAAACCACCCCUCGGUUCCCUCCGUCUCCAACCACCCGAAAAGUACCCAGCAAAAGGUACCAUCGCAGCCCAAACCUAUGGCAAUCGCUGCUUCGAGAUUGGGACAGGGGUUGCUCCUGGUGGCCCAGUGGGAAGCAACUCAGAGGAUUGUUUGGUCUUGAACAUCUACACUCCGGCAAAGUGCGAGGGUGGAAAGAGAUCGCUUCACCCCAGUCCGCCGUGGCCGGUUAUGUUUUAUGCCCAUGGAGGCGGCUUUAAUCAAGGGAGUGGGAAUGAUUAUAUGGCGCAAUCGAUGGUGAAUCACAGCGUUGAGCUCAAGAGUCCGGUUGUGGUGGUGACGAUAAAUUACAGACUCAGCUUCUUUGGAUUUUCCGCUGGGACUGAUGCAAUUGCCAACAAUGCUCUCAAUCUGGGUCUUCUUGAUCAGAGAUUUGCAAUGAAAUGGGUGCAUGAUAAUAUUGCUGCGUUUGGCGGCGAUCCAGAGAAAGUCACGAUCUUCGGUCAAUCAGCAGGUGCUACGUCUGUGGGGCUGCAGAUGACGGCUUACAACGGGGCGCAUCAAGACCUUUUCCGCGCCGCGAUUCUGGAGAGCGGAAGUCCAGCUGAUACUCUGCCUACACCUCCUCCUACUUGGCCGACCUAUCAGCAAGCUUGGGAUCUAGUUGUUGAGGGAAUUGGAUGUAAUGGAACCUCAAAUGUGUUUAAAUGCGUACAGGGUGCGGAUACGGCUCUGCUUUGGGCUGCUAUAAAUGCCGUUGCAGCGAAGGCGCCUCUUCCUUCGAGCAUUUGGCCAUGGCAACCGGUCGUAGAUGGAAAGUUUGUCGCAGAUUUCCCCUCGAAACUCACUGCUGCUGGGAAAUUCACAAAAGUCCCCAUGAUCAUGGGAUUUACGACCGAUGAAGUUACAUAUGUCAUACCUACAGUCUUCAACAUUUCGACCGAUGCUUUUAUCGUUGGGCUUGCACAAGUCGUCUUGCCGUUUAUUCCCCUCUCCGUAUUUGAAGAGAUUGCUCUCCUUGAUCCGCUCUCUGAAUUUCCAGACCAGGGAGUUGGAGGAACGGAAUGGAAGCGCACAACUGAGAUUGCUUCCGAUAUCUUUGAGCGUUGUCCAGGCCGUGAAUGGAUCCGCAACGUUACUCAGUAUUCCCACACCUGGAAGUACAGAUUCAAUGCCAUCAUCCCACCCGACCUUGCCAAAGCACCAUGGGAAAAAAUCGUCCACGCCUCCGAGAUCCCAUACGUCUGGGGACCCUCAACCAAACCCAGCAUCAACGAACCCCUCGAUCUUGCGCUCUCCCGGCAAGUCCAAAAAGGCUGGAUCUCAUUUGCAUCAUUCCUCGAUCCCAACACACUGGGAGAUCUGAGUCCAGGUGUAGGAUGGCCACCCUACCAAGACAAUUCACAGAACGUCAUGGUGUUCCAGAAACCGGAUGGGAGCGGAGAGCAGGGGAAUGGUGCACCUGGGACGCCGGUGGGUCAAGGGUUACAUGUGGAGCAUGAUUUCGAUGACAGACCGGUCUGUGAUUAUUAUGCUGCAAAUGAUGCGGCGUUUGUGCAUUAAUUAAUAUUGGUAAUGUUUAACUCGAGCCCACUUUCAAUGUACAGUGUUUCAAUCAUGGAUUUCAGUCCUGAUAUUUCUUUGAUUUGUUGAUUUAGUAUCCAGGAAAGCGACCAUCAAGACCAUUUUUGCCUUUACUUCAUUCCAACUUCAGCUUCUUAAGCACGGCCUUCCACCCCUCUCUCGCUGACAUCUUCUCAAGACGUUCUUUCGGAAGCGGA